AUGUCGUCCCCUCCUUCUACCUCUUCUCCUCCUCCGCCAACUACAACUGCUGUUCCGUUCCCAUCGACAGAGUCUGAGUCUGAGCCAGAGGCCACCAGUGUGACUCCGACACCCGAUGAUGCAAUACCCGAGCCAGAGCCUCCUAAACCUAAAGAUCCAUAUGCGGAGAUUUUAGAACAAGCCAAAGCACGAUUCGAGGACCAGUCUACUCCAGACCAAGAUCUUCGGGAUUCUGUUGGGAAACUCAUUACGUUGUGUACACGACUCACAACUCGAAUAUCCGCCCUGGAGCCCCAACUGACCGAACUUCAAACAUCGUUAACAUUGACGCAAUCGAAUCUCACGCUCGCAAUGGCCAAUACGGAAAUGCUUGAAGACGCGCUCAAGCACAAUGCGCACACGCGAGACGUCGGGUGGAGACGAAGCGACUCGACGGCGAGCCGGAGACCGCCUGCGAAUAGCGUAUCAUACGCCGCAUCUGUAUCGUCCAUCGCAUCGGCAGGAAGCGGGUCCGUAGACGAGCACGGAGCACGGAUCGUCGUCCAUGCUCCAUCUCCCCAAUCCCCUCCCCCAAGAGCAUCCACGACGACUCCGACCCCGACUCCGACCGGGACCGUGACUGGGACUACAACCGGACAAGGAGAGUCGAGGUUUUUCAGGUUCCGGUUCGGGAGCAAGACGCCGUCUCCAACGAGUGCGGUUGCGCAGGUGAACAAGGCUGCUAGUCCUCCACCUCAACUUGCGGGCUCAGCGUCGCACUUGACGUCGGCGUCGUUGCCUUCGCUUGGUUUGGCCCUUGAGGAUGUCCCGCCUACACCACCUUCGACGACUUCUGUAACUUCUGCGACUUCUACUGCUGGUACUGCUGCUGGGAGAACCGUUGACCCUGAACUGGCAGCGCUGGAAAAGAAGCUCAAGGACAAGGAAGGAGAGAUCAAGGCCAAGGAAGAGUCGAUUCAGGCGCGGGACAAGCAGCUCGAGGAGCUCAGGUCGAAACUCGAGGCCGAGAAGAAAGUGAGCACCGAGUUGGAAAAGGAAAAGGCAAAAGUGCAGGAAGAGAUUGAAAGUUUGACCCAGUCGUUGUUUGAAGAGGCCAACAAGAUGGUUGCUGAUGAGAGGAGAAAGAUGGCCGAGGUCGAGGCGUUGCUUAGGGAGACCGAGGAAGAGAGGGAUGCGGUCAGGGGUGCGAUGAGGGUUGUAGAAGGAGAGAAUGGACGACUGAGGGAACUCUCGGCCGGUAUAAAAAAGCCAGAGGAAGAAAAGGAUCAGAAAGAGGAACGAGAGGUCAAGAAGGACGUCGAGUCAGUCACGCUGGAGACUGAUGGUACAGUCCACACCGACGAAAAGGCGUCCGAGCCGGAGAAAGUGGCAGAAGUAGAAGAGCCAACCCCGGUCAAGACAGACUCGAGCGAAUGGAUUUCCGUCAAUGGGUCCAAACGUGAGCCAGAGGACGACGCCGAGUCGGACACAGAUAACGCCCGAACAUCUCAAGAGAGCACCCGGCCAGACUCGGCGACAAAGGAAACUUCACCGAUCGUCUCGCCCGUCUCGAGCGACGAUGAACUGGAUGAACACGAGCCCAAGGAGGAACCAUCUGAACCGCUGGCUAUCGCGGAUGUUCCUUCUCUCCCUAGCUCAGCGUCUGAUAUUUGGAAGGGGCAGGCGAGGGAUAGGGAGGCGACUCCACCCAAGACUCCCCCGCGAGUGCAUGCCUUGCCGGUCGAGACGUCACCGUGGGCCGAGGGGCGAGCGUAG